AAUUACAGUGUACAUUACAUUAAUUACAGUAUACAAUAUUAUAUUAUAAAGCGAGACAGACGUCUCGACUCGCACAGCUGUCACUCUCACAACCUCAACUUAUCAGUUGUCUACGAACAGCUGAUCGUAAGUCACGAUUCGUAUCGGUCUGAUGCUUUCCGAAAUUUUCGAAGCUCGUGUAUGUACAUACAUGGUUCAACAGUGAUUAUUUAUCUUCUUUUUUGCAUUGAACAUAAGGAAUAAAAUACAUGGAAUUAAUAUAUAGUGAUUAAUCACUUGACGACGUGUAAUUUCUCGUAACAGAUGAGCUGAUACCUUUGGUACUCUUUGACAAGUGGCAAAAAAAGGGAUCAUCCGCAAAAUGUCUAUCAAUAUAGACAUAAAAUUGAAACGCGCGAGUAAAAUAUAUCACGAAGGGGAAGUAGUUGCUGGCCUGAUACAGUUAAAAACUAAUUCAGACGUGAAGCACGAUGGUAUAUUUCUCACCAUGGAAGGCUCGGUGAAUUUGCAGCUUAGCUCCAAGAACGUCGGCAUUUUCGAAGCAUUUUAUAAUUCCGUUAAACCGAUACAAUUAGUACAAUAUACACUAGAUGUUGCUCCAUCUGGAAAGAUUCCCAAUGGUAAGACGGAAAUACCAUUCGAAUUGCCAUUAAAGCCAAGAGGAAACAAAUCUCUUUAUGAAACGUAUCACGGUGUUUUUGUGAAUAUACAAUACCUGAUACGCUGUGAUAUAAAAAGAAGCUUCCUCGCAAAAGAUGUCAGCAAGUCAUUGGAGUUUAUAGUCGAGGAUAAAGCAAGUGCCAAAGUGGAGAAGGAUCAUAGUAAGAUUGUGUUCUUCAAAAUAAUGCCAGAGUCUCUGCAAAAUACUCGGGACAGACCCAACGUACCAAGAUUUUGCAUUUCGGGAAGAUUAGACUCUUUGUAUUGCAAACUCUCUGAACCCCUGACAGGAGAAGUAGUGAUUGAACAGUGCGAGGCUGUUAUAAAGUCUAUAGAAUUACAAUUAGUAAGGGUGGAAACUUGUGGAUGUGCGGAAGGAUACUCUAGAGAUGCGACGGAGAUACAAAAUAUACAAAUUGGGGAGGGCAAUGCUUGCACCAAUCUUGCUAUUCCAAUCUACAUGAUAUUUCCAAGAUUAUUUACAUGCCCCACUUUAAGCACAAGCAACUUCAAAGUUGGUAAGAAUAUUAUUGCAGGUUAUGCAUUAAAACAAAAGUGUGAAUUACAGAGUUAUAAUUUAAUAUUUUUCCAGAAUUUGAAGUAAACCUUAUCGUUGUGUUUGAAGAUGAUUAUUUGGUCACUGAGAACUUUCCUAUCAUACUCUCACGAUACUAAAAGUUAUG